UCUCAAGACUGCUGUGUGAGAAAAAUUGAGAAGACCACAGGAACUCAAAAGGUCAAAAAGUUGCAUUAGAGGGCCAAUUGCUAUAAAACAGCGUCGUUUCCGUUCUCAUAAGCACUGGAAUGCGUGGUCCUGAAAAUCACGAGAAAUUCGUCUUACCGGCUGGAACAAACACCUUAUCUCGCCGGGCAAAGUUUCCGCCUCGACCCUGUCUGAUUCCGAGUCAUCCUCCCUGCUGAUAUACCAGCAGCAGCAUGUUCCUCUCCCUGCUCCUGCUCUCGCUUGUGCAAUUCACCAUGCCCGCCAUACCAGUCCCGCUGUACGUCUGGGCCGACCACCAAGUCAACCUCCGCCUGCCGACCGCGCACGGCCCCGCACCGCUGCCCGUGCCCAACUCGACAAAAUCCUUCUGGAUCGACUCGCCGGGUGCGAACCCGCUCGCGGGGGAGGGAAGCGAGGGUCCACUCACCGAACAGGCGGACGUGUGCAUCAUCGGAUCGGGGAUCACAGGCGUGUCUGCGGCGUACCACCUCGGCAAUGCGCUUGUCGCAGCGGGUGUUACGGAGCCUGUGAAGGUGGUGAUACUCGAAGCCAGGGAUUUCUGCUCGGGCGCCACAGGCCGUAACGGCGGGCACCUGACCCCCGCCGUAUUCUCAGGCUUCAAACAGCUUGCCGCAUCGUUCGGCACGGACGACGCGCUGCGCGCAUUCGCGCUCGAGCACCACACCGCGUCCUCGAUCCUGCAGAUCAUCAAAGACCACACGCUCGAGAGCGCCGUCGACCUCGUCGAGGGCGGCCAUGUCGACCUGAUGUUCUCGCCGGAGGAGGUCGCAGACGUGCAGGCCGACUACGACGCGGCCAAGCUCGCCGGCAUAGACCUCAGCAACGUCGAGUGGAUGGACAAGGCAGAGGUGGAGUCCCGAUACGGCUCGUCGUACCCCGGCGUCCACAUUCCCGGCCACAACCUCUGGCCGCUCAAAUUCAUCACACAGCUCUACAAGCUCGCCGCCGCCUCACCCUCCCUUGCCCUCACGCUGCACACGCGCACGCCCGUCACGCGCAUCACGCGCUCUGCCAGCCCCGCGCGGCGCUGGGACCUCGCCACCGCACGGGGUACACUCGCCUGUUCGUACAUCCUACACGCGACGAACGGCUACGCGUCCCACCUCCUCCCACACCUGCACGGCCCCACAGGCAUCGUCCCGACGCGCGGGCAGAUCAUCGCGACCCGUGCGAACGUGAUCACCGCGUCGCUCUCGCGCAGCUCGUUCUCCGCAAACGAGGGAUUGGAAUACUGGUUCCCGCGCCCGGUGCCCACGCCCGAGGAGCACCCGCUCGUCAUCCUCGGCGGCGCCCGCGAGGCGACCCUGCCCGCGUACGAGUUUUACGUCGCGGACGACUCGGUGGUGAAUCCACGCGUUGGAGAGGCGUUGAGGAAGUUCUUGCCGAGGGUGUUUCCGGGGAAGUAUGAAGAGGGCCGGGAGCCCGAGAUGGAGUGGACUGGAAUCAUGGGGUACACCGCGAGCGGAGAUCCCUUCGUCGGACGCGUUGCCGAUCCUGCAAUGCCAGGCUCGGCGGAAACGUUCAAGGGGCAAUACAUUUCAGCAGGGUACACCGGACAUGGCAUGCCUCGAGCAUUCGCAUGUGCGGAGGCCGUUGCGCAGAUGAUCGCGGCGGAUAUCACGAAGCAUACGUGGUCGCUUCCUACAUGGCUUCCAAAGCACUAUGUCACUGCCGCCUGAGAGUCGGAGGCAUGGCAGGGGAGUUGAAGUCUCACAUAAAAAUGAGCGACCGGGCUGUAUCAAUGAAGCGAAUGAAGAAAUUCUCUAUGAAGUGCAAUCUGCGGAUUGACAGCACUUGGAACUGUGCCCACGUUGCUAGAUUGAGAGAACGAUGAGGGCUAGCAG